CCUUUGUCAACCUUGACCCGACCGACGACAUCAUUAUCAGGAAGUACAGGUCAGGGGAAACAAUUUGAACAGGACUUGUUGGGUAUCCGUAAGUUGUCGCAUACAAACAUCAUGUAAGCGUUGAUAUGGUACCACAUAUAACGACUUGGUAAACUUUAUACAGUACCGCAUAUAAGAACAUGCUAGCUUUUAUACUGUACAGCACAUAACGACUUGGGAGCAUUUAUACAGUACCACAUAUGACAACAUGUUAGCCUUUAACACAUAUCACGACUUGGUAGCGUCUACACAUUUCCUUAUACAAUAACAUAUUCACGUCCUCAUAGCAACACAUACAACGACCUGGUAGCGACUACACAGUAACACACAUAAAGACACAUUAGCGUCUAGACCGGUGUUUCCCUACAUGGGGUCCCCGCCCCCACAGGGGGGGGGGGCAAUUCGAUUUUGGAGUGGGGGCAAUUCUAAAAUAUUAAGUCGGAUCUGAAUUACUUUCAAUCUUAAAGGAGAAAUUUUGAAAAAAAAGACUAAUAUUAAAGUCUCUAUUUACUGCUCAUAUUGCUACUGUCACUCGUACUCUUGAGGCUAGUUAGGAAAUUUCCUCACUCAUCGCUAAAUCUAAGAAUGAAUUGAAUCAAGCCAUCAAUAUCAGCAUUUUUUUAAACGGUUCUGGAAAAAAAGAUAACAAAGACGAGACAGCUACGCCACUCAGUAACAAUACUGCUAGGAGAAGAAUAGACGACAUGAGUGAAGACAUUGAAACUUUUUGAAAAGCUGGAAGCAAGAAAAUUCUCAGUGCACAUGGGGGGAAAAUACUUUGAGAGACAGUGAGGCUGUAAUGAUAACUUACGUCGGAGAUAUUGAUAAAGGAUAUUUUGCUGACGACAUGUUGUUAUGUACAUCAUUAGAAAACACCAAUACCGCAAAAGAUAUAUAUAAUAAGCUAAAAACAAAUUACUUAGAUAUAAAAAAUAUACCAAAGGAAGAUGUAACAGCUUGCAGAUGGUGCUCCAAAUAUGAUGGGCGAGUAAAAUAGAUGCUUAAAAUUGAUGAAAAAUUUGACUCCAGAAAUGCUACUUGUGCAUUGUGUAAUUCAUAGGGAAAACUUGGUAACUAAAAAAAUUUCGCCUGUUCUUAUUGAAGUACUUCAUUUAGUUAUGUAGUGUAUCAAUGCCAUUAAAACUAAUGUCAAAUUUGAGCGUUUCUUCACGCUAUAUUGUGAAAAGCAAAAUGCAAAUUAUGAGAGACAUUUACCUCAUACUCAAGUAAGAUGGUUUUUGAAAGGGAAUAGCUAGAAAAGAUUUAAGAAACGUGUUGAUACUCUUGCGAUUUUUUUUAAGUAGUUGUUAAAGACCGAUGAUAAAACAUUUGUGAGUUAUAUAGCCGAUAUCUUUGAAAAACUAAAUAUAUUAAGAAACCUACUUCAGGUAACAAAUAAAACUCUUGUUCACGCAGCAGCGAAAAUAUUUGGUUUCAUUACCUUUAUUGAAUUAUGUCAGAAACAAUAUUUGGUUUCAUUACCUUUAUUGAAUUAGGUCAGAAAAAUAUUUGGUUUCAUUACCUUUAUUGAAUUAUGUCAGAAACAAUAUUUGGUUUCAUUACCUUUAUUGAGUUAUGUCAGAAACAAUACUUGGUUUCAUUACCUUUAUUGAAUUAUGUCAGAAAAAUAUUUAAAACAAUUUUUUUUGAAAAGAUUCAUUGGCUCCAAAAAUGUGAAUUGACUGGUUGUGAUACAGCUAUAAUUGUUAUUGUCGAUCAUAUGAACAUUCUAUCUGGCGUACAGCUUCAUAGAUGGCUCAGCACCAGAAUAUCUUAAAGAACUGAUUUAUAAACAUGUAUCCUUAAAGAGACUGAGGUCUUCAACACAGUACUUACUGAGAGUUCCUAGUGUGGAUGAACACAGAAAAAAGGUCUUACGGAGUGCGCUCUUGUGAAGCACUAGCGCCAAAAUUAUCGAACAGUUUGCCUCAAUCUUUGAAGGGAAUUGAAAAUGAUAAAAAAUCAUUUUAGAAACAUUUAACAACUUUUUUGUUUAAAUAGAUUUUUGAAAACCAGAGCACAGUGAGCAGGCUUAAGUAUCAUGGAUACCAGCGCGAUAUAAAUAUCAAAUCAAUCAAUCAAUCAAUGAAUCAAUCAAUCAAUCAAUCAAUCAAUCAACCAAUCAAUCAAUCAAUCAAUCAAUCAAUCAAUCAAUCAAUCAAUCAAUCAAUCAAUCAAUCAACCAAUCAAUCAAUCAAUCAAUCAAUCAAUCAAUCAAUCAACCAAUCAAUCAAUCAAUCAAUCAAUCAAUCAAUCAAUCAAUCAAUCAAUCAAUGAUUUAAAAGAAAGAGUUUCUAAUUUGAAACAAAUUGAUUUUCCAACUUGGAUGAUGAAGCUAAUGUUAGGGGAUUUCUCUGAUACUUCAAAUAUGCAGUAUCAAGAAGAACUGGCGGACAUGCAAAAUGAGGAGUCGGUUUAAACUUUAUUUAAUAUAAAAGGAGUGAUGGCACGGCUUUGUGGGGAAACAGAAAUCGAAUAUCGAAAUUCAACCAAAUGUUCAAGAAAACUAUUGUUACCGUUUCCAUCUUCAUAUUUAGCUGAAAGUGGAUUUAGUGCCAUAAAUAAUUUGCUGAAAAUUAAAAAAAAAAAAAAAAUUGAAAGCGGUGGGACACAACACAAUGGGGAGACUUGAGACUGAAGCUAACUUAGUUGGAACCUAACGGAGACUUGAAACUGAAGCUAACUUAGUUGGAACCAUAUUGUUACCGUUUCCAUCUUCAUAUUUAGCUGAAAGUGGAUUUAGUGCCAUAAAUAAUUUGCUGAAAAUUAAAAAAAAAAAAAAAAUUGAAAGCGGCUGGACACAACACAAUGGGGAGACUUGAGACUGAAGCUAACUUAGUUGGAACCUAACGGAGACUUGAGACUGAAGCUAACUUAGUUGGAACCUAACGGAGACUUGAGACUGAAGCUAACUUAGUUGGAACCUAACGGAGACUUGAGACUGAAGCUAACUUAGUUGGAACCUAACAUAAAAUCUCUUUGCAGCAAGCACCAAGCACAACCGUCUCACUAAAUUCAAAUAAUAAAUAAUUAUUAAUAAUUAAACUGUAGAAAAAUCUUUCUUAAAAUUAUUUCGAACUUUAAUUUUAAAUCUCCAUUUUAUGUUUUGAACAUUUACUUGCUAUGUUUCCGCACCAGUUUCCUAGUGAUGUCUUCCUAAAACCUCUCCUUUAAUUAUCUUCAGUGAACAACCUUAUGUUUAGAAUAUUAAGAGUAUCUAUAUGAUACAUGGGGGGGGGGGCAUAAGAAUUUUAUAAAUGCUAAGGUGGGGCAUGGCACAAAAAAGGUUGGGAAACACUGGUCUAGACAGUUCCAUACAUAAAGAUAAAUCAGCGUCUUGACAGUACCACACAUGAAGACAUAUUAGCGUCCACAUAGUACCAUACAUAAAGAUAUAUUAGCGUCCACAUAGUACCCUGCAUAAAGAUAUAUUAGCGUCCACAUAUUAUCAUACAUAAGUGACGACAUAAUAGUGUCCACAUAUCAAUCUUUGCAAUGACAACGUAAAACAUGUUCAGAGCAAAACAAUAUAUUCUGGAAGGUAUCGAAUUUACUAUACAUAUGUGUGUUCAUUGGGGCUUUAAGCCCCCACCCUCAAGGAAAUUGAGUUGCACCUUGCACAUUUGAAAGGUGGUCACAAGACAGUCUGGCACUUGUCUAUUGAACUGUAUAUUCUCCGUGUCCUCAGCGGUGGCAGCCGGAGAAAACUGUCUCUGGGCAUUGCCAUUGUUGGGAACCCGAGGUUCCUGAUGCUGGACGAGCCCACUGCCGGCGUGGAUCCCAUCUCGCGGAGAUCUUUGUGGGAGCUGCUGCAGAUGAUUCGACGGUCCGGAAGGACGAUCUUUAUGACGACGCAAAGGUGACGUGUCAGUUGCAACACAACACAGAGAAGUGAAUAUAAUGUUGAGCCAGGCUACUGUUUGGUCAGGUUGAUGAAUUCAUCUUAGAGAUAACGCGCAAUAGCGAUUGGUUCUUUCUUCACUUAGAUCUUAGCCGCUUAGGUAAUGUGGAAUGUCUUGGGCUUAUUGAGAUAGUAAUCGUUAGAAAGGCAUCAAACAUAGAGAUAAUUUAUUUAUUAAUCAUUUGAAAGACAUAAAACAUAGAUAUUAUUUCGUUCUUGAUCAUUGGCAAACCAUAAUAUCCAGAGAAAGUUCAAAUUUUAAUCAUUAGUAAGGUAUCCCAUUUUGAGAUUAUUUACUUAUUACCCAUUUGUGUACACAAACGUGUAGACUUACCUCGACAAAAAGGGAUCAUGGGUGAGAAUCUAGUUAACUUCAGAUGUACGCUAACAGGGAUCGGGGUGAACAGCUAGCAAACUUCACUUGUACGCUUAAAAAAACCUUGCUAAAUGUAAUAAGGACAGCGAGUACCAAAAACAACAAGAACAUAUGUUGUAUAGGGGUAGACACGAGUGAGGUGAAGAUCGGAAAGAAAGGGGACGAGUUAGACAAGACUGCAAGAGAUCGGAAAGCGUAGAAAGAUAUCGUUAAAGGCAUGUGAUCCAUUUUGGAGUUGAAAAGCAAAAAAGAAGAGCAAUUAUGAAUCCAUUCAUCUGAGCACAGGUCUUUAAAUUGAAAUUGACUCUAUGGAUUCUAAUUUCUAGACUUAAAAACCAGAUUAUAUCAUAAUUUCCGUUUUGUUCAAAGGAAAGUAGCACUAGACUCCUCGAUAAACAUUUGACAUUCAAAUAGUUUUGAUGCAUCUUAACAAAGUUUAGUAGCGUUGAUGCAUCUUGACAAAGUUUAGUAGCGUGGAUAUGUCUUGACAGAGUUUAGAGCGUUAAUAUGUCUUCACAAAGUUUAUUAGCGUUCAUAUAUCUUCACAAAGUUUAGUAGCGUUAAUAUAUCAUCACAAAGUUUAGUAGCGUUAAUAUAUCAUCACAAAGUUUAGUAGCGUUAAUAUGUCUUCACAAAGUUUAGUGGCGCUAAUGCCUCUUCCUUUCUUAUCGUCACGCCUUCAGUAUGGAAGAAUGUGACGCACUGUGCACGCGAGUCGCCAUCCUGGUCCGAGGACAAAUCGUGUGUCUCGGGAGUCCUAACCACCUGAAGCACAAGUACGGACAAGGGUACACCAUCAUCCUAUACGCAACCAUCGACGAGAACGGCGUGGUGACCACACUGGACCACGCCAUAGACUUUAUUAAAAGGACGAUAGAAUCUGCUGAGGUUAGAGGAAUGUCACUGUUGAGAUUAGGUGUUGGUUGCACAUCAUGUCCUAAUAUACCAUCUCCACACGCAUACAUGGUGUUGUAGUCAAAGUCUCGGCGAUGUGCUAAUAACUGCAAUACCAAGUGAUAACAACGUAACUUGGGUUGUGGUUCUUGAUUUCCUUCUCAUUUAAAAAAAUAUUCUUGGCAUUAUCUCCCUCAUUGAACUCUUCUAAGGUCAGCUGUUCAACCAACUAAUAUCACAACAAAAAAAAAAGAUACAGUAUAAAAUAAAAUCAAAUGCAUACAAGAUGAGGGGGGGGGGAGAUUAACCAAUAUUAAAAUAGCAGAGGUAGGGUUUAAGACUAACCAACGCUAAAAUAGGGGAGAUAGGAAGUGAGACUCACCAAGACUAAAAUCGCUAGGCAUCUGGAAACAGAAAGUUGUCUAUGCGUACAUUUGUGCAAGUUAUGUUCAUAAAUACAACUUCCAACUUGACAUACACGCAAGUUCUUUUUUAAUGUCAGUUCCUUCCGUGUAUUUCACUUUAUGUCCAUUUCUGAAGUGUCUCUCAAUUUAUUUCUGCCUCCCUCACCCCCCCCCCCCCGCCCUGUCCCAUUUCAUUGCCAUUUACAUUUCAUGGCCAUUUCUCCCAUGUCUCUCAUUUCAUGGCCAUUUCUCCCAUGUCUCUCAUUUCAUGGCCAUUUCUCCCAUGUCUCUCAUUUCAUGGCCAUUUCUCCCAUGUCUCUCAUUUCAUGGCCAUUUCUCCCAUGUCUCUCAUUUCAUGGCCAUUUCUCCCAUGUCUCUCAUUUCAUGGCCAUUUCUCCCAUGUCUCUCAUUUCAUGGCCAUUUCUCCCAUGUCUCUCAUUUCAUGGCUAUUUCUACCAUAUCUCUCAUUUCAUGGCCAUUUCUCCCAUGUCUCUCAUUUCAUGGCCAUUUCUCCCAUGUCUCUCAUUUCAUGGCCAUUUCUCCCAUGUCUCUCAUUUCAUGGCCAUUUCUCACAUCCCUUUCAUUUUAUGUCCAUUUCUCACCUCUCUCUCAUUUUAUGACCGUUUCUCACUGCUCUCUUAUUAAUGUCCAUUUCUCACCUGUAUUUCACUAUACAUUCGCCCAUCACCUGUAUCGCAUUUUACCUCCAACCACACAGGUGUUCAAUCAGAUGGAAGCCUACGUCCACAUCCAGAUACAAGACACGCACAUCCCCAUGUCACAGCUCUUCGGCAUUCUCCAGCAGGCGCAGGAUGACCACGGCUUCGCCAGCUACAGAGUCCAGCAGUCGACGCUGGAGCAGGUGUUCCUCAUGUUGAUGAAACAGAACGACCGUCUGCGUGGUCGGCCCACGCGCUCUAGGAUCAAUCUCCUGUGAACCCACCACGAGAAAUCUGACGAUCUGGAAGGAUAAUGUGAAUCGUACAUCCGGCUAAAAAAAAAAUUCAACCAAUGAUAACAUUUGCCAGGGUGUAAUGCUAGCAGUGGACUUAUUAUUAUGGGGAAACAAGG